AUGGGGAGACCGCCCCCAAAGCGCGGGUCCCUCUUAACCUCUCUCUCGUCUGGGGUGUCUGGGGGCUUAGAGGUUGCGCCGGAGGCAGGUCUGCCACACGUUGUUGAGGGACCGACAAUAGUGCAGAAGCCGCACGACGACAAGGCGCAGUAUACAUACGAACAGCAACCCCAAGCCUACCCAAGCAAUUUUUACCAAAACAAUCUUUACCCGAACGGCGCAUAUCCGCCUACAGGGUAUGCUCCUUCAAGUCAACCAGCUCAGUCCCAAUGGGGAAGUACCCAGAGUAGCGCAUAUCUCAAAGAUGGAGCGCCACCGAGCGGCGCGCCGCCUAGCAGCCCGAUGAUAUUAGGGAUACCGAGAAGGAAGUUCUGGUUGAUAUUUGCACCGUUGAUUGCCUUGCUCGUCAUUGGACUAGCUGUCGGUUUGGGUGCAGGAUUAGGAACAUCACAUAAAUCCAGUUCUGACACACCCAGCACGACAGCUGCGCUAACUCCAAUCGUGUGCCCUAAUGCCAAUGGCACGACAUACCAAGCCACCGGCGAAGACCCAUUUCUAAUUGUUUGCGAUGUGGACUACAGCAGCAACGAGGCGAACAGCGGGACGACAGAUAUCGGUAACACGGCGACAGACUCAAUAGAGGAUUGCAUCGAUGUAUGUUCGAACAACACGGCGUGCGUCGGUGCCGGCUGGGGUAGUUAUGAAGGUACCAACACCUGCUGGAUGAAGGGGACAUUGGGUUCAUCGCACGAGGCGGAUAAUUGGUACUUCGCGAUCAAACAGCAAAAGUCGAGCUAG